AUUGCAAGGUUUGCGAGGCAGACUAUAGUCUAUCUCUCCUGGAUCAACAGAAGCUCUCGUACGACUCGGUGACGGCGAACCGCCUGAUGGGGCAGAAUACCUACAACAACGUGUGUAUCCACCGUAACCGACGCCCCUACCAGGGGUGCGUAUUCGGACCAAGUAUUCGGACUCAGCCUUGGCAACCUCGGAUUCGAGAACAAAACACCAUACAGCGUUGCGUAGUCGUAUCGACUUGAGCGGCAGACUCAUCCCCCGUUCGUUCGCAAUGGAUCCGCUUGUUGGGUCCUGGGCGUAAGCAUGACCGUUUCGGGCUUCAGAUCUGCGAGGUGCUACUUUGCUUAAAAGGGAACAUGUCCCCUGUUGAAGAAUGAUUGUUUUCUCAUCUCCAGUGCAACACUUUGCGCUUUGCACGAAACAUGCUAUUCCGCACUGCCACUGUCUUCGCGGCUGUCGUUGGCGCCAUCCAAUGCACUGACAGCAAAGAGGCGCAGAAGGCUUGUGGCGAGCUCGAGGAGGCCCUCCCGGAGUUGGUCGCGCACCGUCUGCAGCUCGACUAUACUGGCGAAAUUCUGGACUUCUGGUCCCUGACCGUUCAGGACGAGAAGCCUGCGUGUCUGGUUCGGCCCAAGACGACACAGGACGUCGCAGAGACGGUCAAGAUCCUGAACAAGCAUCCCAAGGUCCAGUUUGCGGUCAAGAGCGGAGGUCAUGACCCGAACCCAGGACACGCCAACGUCGAUGGGGGCGUAUUGGUCAGUCUGAACGACAUGAAGGGUGCCACUUUCAACAAGGAGGAGAGCGUGGCCUACGUGAAACCGGGUGGCGAGUGGAACGAUCCCCUUGGGGACCUCGCAGAUGCCGGUGUUGCCGUUGUCGGUGGACGUCUUGGUGUUGUUGGUGUAAGUGGUCUUGUCUUGCAAGGCGGCAUCUCGUUUCUCUCGGCGCAGACAGGCUUCGCCGCCGAUACCGUUGUUGAAUGGGAAACGGUUCAGGCUGACGGCUCCAUCGUGACUAUCUCUGACGAGUCUGACCCUGAGCUUGCAACCGCCAUGCGUGGCAGCGGCUCCCAGUUCGGUAUCGUCACCCAGUUCACCAUGAAGACUGUGCCCGUCGGUCAAGAGGUCUGGGGAGGCAUGCGCAUGUAUGCUGCAGACCAGGUCGAUGCGCUUUUCUCAGCGCUGCACGACUUUGUCCCUGCCAAUAACGAGGACCCCAAGGCGGCGAUCAUUCCCACAGACUUGACGGCCGCUGGUAGUCUGCCGCUUUUUUUGGUUUUCUACUUCUACCACGACGCUGAGCCCCCGAUGGAGGGGGCCUUCGCCAAAUUCCUUGAGAUUCCCUCCACGCUUGACACAACCAAGACCCAGAGCUAUGCAAGUCUGCUGCAGGCAAACGGUGCUAGUGCAGGUCUGCAGUCGGCUCGACAAUCGUUCAGGACCUUCACCGUCCCGUACGUCGCUGAUGCGCCGCACAUGUACAACGAGAUUAGUCUCAAGUUCAAGUCCAUCCUCGACGACUUCCUCAAGAGCCCUCUUCGUCUAACAGCGCAAUGCGCAAUUGCCUUCCAGCCGUUCCCUUCUAUCAUCGCCAAGCACAGCCAAGAAGCCGGCGGCAAUGCGAUGGGGGUUCAUCCUGACGACGGCGACAGGCUCAUCAUUGAGACGCAAUGCUCUUGGGCUCUGCCCUCAGAUGACGAGCUGGUCCGUGAGAUGUCAAAGGAGAUGGAGGUGUGGUUGAAGGCCAAGGUACCCGAGUGGACCAAAGGACAGGUCGAUGGCCUUUAUCUGCCGUACUUUAUGAACGACGCGGCUGGCGACCAGAACGUGACAGGCACAUACAGAGACUAUGCUGCGCUGAAGGCGCUGCAGAAGCAAAAUGACCCUGAGGGUUUUUGGAGCGCGCGUGCUGGUGGCCAUAAGUAUUAGACAGGUUUGGGGACCAAGGCUCCGGUACCGUCUGUAAUCUCGAUAUAUGCACGAGUCAAUCUACAUUGUCGAUGUGACAAUUGUCUGAGACAAUGAAGCCGUGGUGGCCAUCAUGUGAUCCUAGACUGUCGAUACAACUCACAGCCAGAGUCAAGC